ACCAUAGCCCCUUCUGGGUUGCCAGUGCCUGAGUGUCCCUUCUGGGGCUUGCUUUGCCUGAGUGUCCCUUCUGGGGCUUUCUUAGCUCUGAGUUAAGACUCUUUGCUUGAUCUGGCUGCUCCACUCCUGGUCCCCGCCCCCUUCCGAAGUUCCUUUCCUGCACUCAUUAAGAAAAUUCUGCUAGGCCCUGCUUUAGACUCUAGGAUAUGGCCUGGGACUGAACAGUCAGAGCAGCUAGUAUUCUGGUGGGGAAGUAAGUUUGCAAACACAGAACAAGAUACUUUCUCACACUGGCACCUGCUGGGAAGAAUCUAAUAAGGAGGGAUAUGACAGAGGUGUCUUCUGAGCUGAAGUGCUGGCCCAGGAAUGGCCAGGGCUGGGGCCCCAGGUGAGAGUGAGUUGAGUUUGGCUUUGGGGCCCAGCAAGUAAGAACAAGGAGGGGAGGAUUGGAGGUGAGGUCUGCAGAGAGAUGGUCAGGGCCCAGGUGGAGGCUGCUGUGGGCGGGCUGGGUUACAUUUGCUUGGGAAGUAGUUGGAGGUUGUUCCCUUCUAAUCUCACCCCACUGUACUUAGUUUUCUCACUUUUUCUUUUUAUGUUACUUUGUCUGUGGUGUGCUCAUAUCUUUAAAAGGUAAGGCUUCCUUUAAAAAAUGUAACUAUAAUGCCAUCAUCACAAUACAAAAUUUUAACAGUAACUGCUUAAAAUCACAGAGUAGCCCAAUGGUGAUCACAUUUCAGGGGAGUGUUUGAAGCAGGCCUGUUCUGAGACCUGAGGUGAGGCUGGAGUCCCCCUGAUUCUUUAGCAUCACAGUAGAGUGGCAGAAAGACCCCAUGUUUACUAUGUUUUGGGGCUGAUCCUAAUGGCUAGUACUGAGUGAGCAGACACAGACAUGGACACAGAGAGGUUGUGCCACUUAUAUGAGUUUGCCCAGCUGAUAAGUUGCAGAUGCAGGAAUGGAGCUCCUGCUUGGAGGGUGGUGCAGGGCUGAGGAGGUCUGGAUAGAAUGUGGGUGCUGUCCAGCCUAAUUGUCUUUCACAUUAUCUGACACUUUUAUUCCUUCCUGGUACCCUAUUUGAUGAAUAGUGUGUAUUUUAAAGCAUACUUCUAGUUUUAAAUCCUUAGCUGAAUAUUUAAGCCAAAAAAUCAAAUGUCCUCCGAGCAAAACCCACCUGGGGCACAGAUUUUGCUUUAGUUUCCUAAAGCUCCAGGAAACUUUCUGGAUGAAUUGGGAGCUCGGGCCAAAGGUCCUGUGGUCCCUAAGCAGAAGAGAGACUUAGAAAUCAUUGAAGCAUGAGAUAAAUGGAGAAACUGAGGUUGAGGGGGAACAAGAGCUAGGCCAAGGUCACAGCUGAUGAUGGUGCUGGCCUGUUGAGCUGGGCCAAGUGCCAAGUGCUAAGGUGGUCCUGGACAUGCAGGGGAUGGUGUACAGGUGCUGCCAGUUAGCAGAGCCCUCUUGCUUCAGGUGUAGAACAUCCCCCUUCCCUAACUGUGAUAAACACCAAGCCUGCUGUGGUCCCUGGGUGGGGACAAAGGUCUACAGAGGUGGCCUUGUCAGAGCUGAACACUGUUGACUGUCCCCAGACACUGGACCUACCAUGUCAUUUGGCUUCAGAGGAUACAGUUUUUCCCUGUCCUCUCUAUCACAGUUCUCUGAGCCCCUCCUGGGCGUCAGGUGCCACACCAGGUGUGGGGGACACAGCAAAGACAUGAAGCACACUGUCUCAUGGGGAGACAGGCUUUAGCUGAAGCUUCCUAAGGUGCUGCCACCGGCACGGCCAGGCCACCAUGGUGGACCACUUGCUUCCAGUGGACGAGAACUUCUCGUCUCCAAAAUGCCCAGUUGGCUAUCUGGGUGAUAGGCUGGCUGGCCAAAGAGAAUACCACAGGCUGCCCUCACCCCUCUCUGAAGAUGACAGCGAUGCCUCCAGCCCCUGCUCCUGUGCCAGCCCCGACUCUCAAGCCCUCUGCUCCUGCUACAGUGGAGGCCCAGGUGCUGAGGGCCAGGACAGCAUCUUGGACUUCCUGUUAUCCCAGGCCACACUGAGCAGUAGUGGUGGUGGGAUUGGGGCCAGCAGUGGCCCCAUGGCCUGGGGGGCCUGGCGAAGGGCACCGACACCUGUGAAGGGGGAGCAUUUCUGUUUCCCUGAGUUUCCUUUGGGCAACCCUGAUGAUGUCCCGAGGCCCUUCCAGCCCACCUUGGAGGAGAUUGAAGAGUUUCUGGAAGAGAACAUGGAGCCAGGAGUGAAGGAAGCUCUUGAGAGCAACAGCAAGGACUUAGAGGCCUGUGGCCAGCUCUUGGCUGGGCCACACAGGGGCCACCUCCAUGCUGGGUCUGCUGGGACAGAGUGCAGCACUCCUCCUCCACGAGGCGGCGCCAGUGCAGGUGGCACCCAGGGCCCAAGUGGAGGGCCUGCACCUGACGGGCCCGUCCCGGUGCUGCUGCAGAUCCAGCCCAUGCCGGUGAAGCAGGAAUCGGGCUCAGGGCCUGCCUCCCCUGGGCAGGCUCCCGAGAAUGUCAAGGUUGCCCAGCUCUUGGUCAACAUCCAGGGGCAGACCUUUGCGCUGGUGCCACAGGUAGUGCCUUCCUCCAGCUUGAACCUGCCGUCAAAGUUUGUUCGCAUCGCCCCUGUGCCCAUUGCCGCCAAGCCUGUUGGGUCAGGACCCCUGGGGCCUGGCCCUGCAGGCCUCCUUGUGGGCCAGAAGUUCCCUAAGAACCCAGCGGCUGAACUUAUCAAAAUGCACAAAUGUACUUUCCCUGGCUGCAGCAAGAUGUACACCAAAAGCAGCCACCUGAAGGCCCACCUCCGCAGGCACACGGGCGAGAAGCCCUUCGCCUGCACCUGGCCGGGCUGCGGCUGGAGGUUCUCGCGCUCUGAUGAGCUGUCGCGGCAUCGGCGCUCACACUCAGGCGUGAAGCCGUACCAGUGUCCUGUGUGCGAGAAGAAGUUCGCGCGGAGCGACCACCUCUCCAAGCACAUCAAGGUGCACCGCUUCCCGCGGAGCAGCCGCUCUGUGCGGGCCAUGAACUGAGGGCACCGCCGCCCCCGCCCCGGCCCCCCAGCCCCAUUUCUUAAAGCAAUAAUUUAUUUGCUGCCUCCCGAGGGCUGUGGCAAUGCCACCAGCCCACCUUCCGAAGCCUGGGAGAUGUGCACCCAAAGCCGCCACUCGCUGCCUUUCCUGGGAGCCUGCCCAUGUCCCCGGGGACUGGGGUCCCCGGCACAGGGCAGGGAGGCAGGACUUCGUGCCUUCCGUGGUGGCCUGGCCUUUGUUGCAGCUGCUGACUGGAGGUGGAGUGUUGGGGGCCUGGCCCUUCUCCCACUGGGCUCCCCACCUGGGUUGAGGCCAGCACUUUAUUGCUUGGAAGAUGAAAUGUGAAGUUUUGAAAUGUCGCAUUCCCAGAGGGAGCCAUGCUGGGGAGAAAGAAGUAGGCCAAAAGUCCAGGGCUGCUCUGUGGUAUGAAGGCCCCUUUGUCCAGGAUGAUCAGCAUGAACCCCAGAGGGUGUGCCGGGCUGUGGGGGAGGGGCCUAAGGCUGAGCAAGGUGAGAUGCUUCCUGCCCGGCAGUGCAUGUGCUGAGUUGAGUGUGCAGGUCAGAGCCUAGCGUCCCUGCCCAGUGCCCAGUGUGGUCCGUCCUUUCUUCCUCCAGUUUCCCAGACAAAUCCAGACACCAGCCUCCAGGGUUACCUGCAGGAGAGGGGCGUAGGCCACACUGAGUGUGAAAGGACUAGAUAGAGAUUCCCAACCCCAACUUAGAAAUGCAUUCCUCAUUUUGUCUAGAAAUUAAUAUUGAAUGAACUAGCUUGUUUUGACAGGUUUAUUUCACAUCCUAUGAAUGUAUGUAAAUAAACUGUACAUAGGGUACAUCUACAUAAAAUAUCUUUUAAUAACGUAUCAAGAUUUGUGUAAAUUUGAAAUUAAAAAAUCUAUAAAGCCAAUGUACAUAUGUUACAAUUAUGUAUAUUUUCUUUGGUCCUUCAUAAAAAUAUUUACUUUGCCAAUAAAAAGAAAAAAGAACUCAAAA